UCACGCAGGAAGCUUUGAACGGACUCUCCUGCUCCAACUGUUGAAAACAACAAAAUUUCUGAAUGUUGCAAAAAAUAUUACAGCUUUUGUAAUUGGUUUAAUUUUAAUUGAUAAUUAGGAAGAGAAUCGCCCCUUGUUUGGAUUGGGGUGGGUCAUACGCAGGACAUCAUGUCGAACUCCAAAUUUCGUCAAGAUUUGCCCCCCCCGGGUGGCUACAAACCGAUCCAGUUUCUCCGGAUCCCUGCAAAGACAUAUUUCAGUGGGAGGACGAUGAUCGCUGGCUUCGUCGUAAUUCAAAUCGGAGCUGCAUACCUUUGCAAAUUAAAUGAAUGGUCGGAACGAAAUAUGAUUACGGAAGAACGAAGUAGCCGGUUGGGUCUCGUGCCGAUGUUGUUGGCGGAAAAAGACAGAAUGUAUUUGAAACGCCUCCGUCAAAUUCGGGAUGAGGAACGCGAACUGAUGAAGGACGUUCCGGGAUGGGUGGUCGGAACUUAUUGGGGAGAACCAAUUUUUAAGACAAGACCGGCCGGAUCAUGGCACGACAUUAACCUUAACGAGUUUUACGCUCAAAAUAGCAAUUGGGAUCUACAAUACGCCUACAAUUUCUGGAAGUGGUUUUAAAAAGUUCCUCAAAUUGCGUAGUGUCAUAGUUAAAUAUUUGAAAUGCUUACUCGCCACGCCAGCUAAAAUAUACUACCGUUCGAUUGAUAUCGACAUCAAUAUAUAGUCAGUCUACCCAAUCGAAUCCAAGAUUCAUUAUUAGCGUCGACAUCAUUGUUAUUAUGAAAACAUAGUUGUGUAAAUAAAAUGUAAAACUAAAAUCCAAGAAAAA